UUGUAUAGUUUCAUAUGUCAUAAAAUACAUUCCACUUGCAGGUAUAUCUAUAGGAAUAUUAUAGUAAAAGGUUAGAAUAUAUUGAUUAGAGGUUUCAAAAUAUUUCUACUAAUCAGAAACAGUCCGUAAAUAUUACAUACAAUUAAUAACAGUGGAUAAUGUAUGUGGGUGGAUAGAUAGAAGGCAUCCUGUUUGAUAGGAGGUAUCGAGGAAGAUAGAUAACAGUUUACAAAUUUCAGUUUCCUUUGGAACAGCGAACUGUUACUUGGUAUAGAAAUUGUGCUGCAUUCAAGAAUUUUUAUAAUUAUGGCAAUUCCAUUACUUUAUCUCAUCGUUUUUUUUUGGAUACAGUGUAUGGGACAAAUAAUAGAUAUUGGUGAUAUUUGGGAAACACAAUGUCCUCAAGGAUGUUCUUGUGAAAUACAAAAAUUUUCUGAUCUGCCACUACAUCAAUGGACUAUUCCAAGAAAGUGGAGUAAUACCCCAACAGUGGAUGAAAAUGAUUUUAGCUCUGAUAACGAUCACAUAGGUGAUGAAUUAUUAAAAGUUGCAACAUGUGUAGUAGCAGAAGGACAUGAAAAGCUUUUAAGCAUGCUUCCUUCAGAUAUACAGGUUCUCACAAUACUUAGGUCAGGUAGAGGAGAUGCUGAAAUUUUUUUCAAAGCUACAACAUUCCAACGUUUUACUGAAUUACUAUCUUUAAGUAUUGAGGGUAUAGAUUAUAAUGACCCUUCUGUAAAAGAUGUAAAUAGAUAUGAAUCAAAAGGUGGUAUAGUUUUAGCAGGUGACGCUUUGUUUCCAUUGGGAAUGACAUUACUGUAUUUGAACUUAGAACGUGUCAGAUUAACAAGCCUUAAUUUAACAAGUAAAAAUAAAGCAAAUCUUGUAAUUAAGCCAAUGAAUUUACCUAAUGAUGAGAAACUUUAUAAGGAACAAGUAGUAACAAGUGCUACAAAUGAGCAUAAAGGACAUAGAUUAAUUUUUCUGAGUCAACAAAACAGUGGAGAAAGUGAUGAUAAAGAAAUACUUCCAUAUGAUAUUUACAAACAAGAAAUGGAUGGGUAUAGAGAAAAUGCUGGUCUUUUCACUGGACUUCGUGCCCUUACACAUUUGAGGGUAUAUGAUUGUGCACUUAAGGACAUAUCUUGGCACAUGUUUGAUGGCCUUGAUAGUCUUCUCUAUCUUUCAUUAGAAAAAAAUAAUCUGAGAUUUAUCCCAGAAUUUUGUUUUUAUGGAACACCAAACCUAAAAUUAUUAUCCUUAGCAAGUAAUCAAUUACUAACAUUAAAAAGUAUCGAUUUAGCAGGCUUGUUGAUGUUGGAACAAUUAGAUUUAACUGGAAAUAAUCUUACAUUUUUAUCAGAAUUAUCUUUUCCUCCAUUCCCUGCUCUUAAAAUGGCUGAUUUUGGAGAAAACCCAAUGGAUUCUGUAUUUCCAAGUACAUUUGAAAUUAUGAAUACAACAAAACAAUUAUAUCUUGGAGGCACAGGUUCAAGAUUAAAAUUGCAAAGAAACUCCUUAUUGGGAUUACUACAAUUGAAAAUAUUAUAUUUGUAUAAUGUAGAAAUACCAUUGCUAGAACGUUUUAUCUUGCAAGGAAUGCCAUCAUUGACACAUUUAAAAAUACGUGGAAAUAUUUCAAGUGUGGAUUUAGAUGCGUUUUCAGAUCUUGGAAAAUUGAUAGAUUUAGAUUUAAGUUAUUGUCACAUUCAGCAUAUAUCUAUGGACGCGUUCUAUGGUUUAGAGAAAGUGAAACGUAUAGACUUAUCUAAUAAUGAUUUGGAAUUUAUACCACCUGGAUUAUUCAGUACACAAUAUCAAAAAGAAUUGAAUGAAAUUAUUCUCACAAAAAAUAAAUUAACUACAUUACCUUGGGAUUUUUUUAAAACCUUAUGGACAGUAAAUAAGCCAUCUCAAGUGCAAAAUAUAAAAUUGGAUGGUAAUCCAUGGGAUUGUACAUGCUCUAUGGCUACUUGGAAUCCACAUUUGGUGAACAGAAUUAGAGAAACAGCACCACGUUGUUUCACACCUAAAAGACUACAAAAUUGGGGAGUUUUCCAUGCUCUGCGUAAAGGUGGUUUGCAAUGUAAAAGAUCAAAGCGAAGGCGUAUGCAUGGAAUUCCAAAAGUAUUAAAUUAUGAAAAUAACAAUGCUAUAAGUUAGCAAAUUCUUUUUUACUUGCAUCUAAUUUAUAGUAAACAUUCUAAAUUUGGAUAAACUAAAAAAAUACAUCAAAUAUGAUAUUUAAUAUAUACUUUUGCAAUUGUUUCAUUUAAAUUUUUCUCGAAAUGUGAUACAUACAUGCAUAAAGCAGGUUAUACACUUAGUUAUACACUACACUGUACAAAUAUAAUUAAUGUAAUUUAUCAUAUUUACAAACCUCUCAAAAAGGUUGCACAUGUACCCUUAUAAAUACUCCUAAGGCCUCCUUCUCGAUAAAGUUGUUUAGCACAAUCAAAGGGACCUUUAUAUCUUUUCUCUGCAUCUGCAUGUUGUAUUUGUAAUAGACACUUUAUCCGUUCACCAGGUGCCAUGAUAAUAGUUGUAAAUAUUCCACUAAAUGCACCAGCAUAAAAUAAUUGUGGUAUAGUGAGCUUAUCAUCUGGACUUUUUUGUUGUAACUUUUUUCCAACACCAUAUCCCAAAAAACUCAUUGCAAAUAUAGGUGCCACUCCAACUAAUGGUGCUCCCAUACCUAAGUAAUGUUUAAGUUAUACCUGUUGUAAGGGUAUGUAGAUAUGUAUACAAUAUAUGUAUAAAACACUAUUAUAACAAAUAAUAAUGUUAAUAAUAUGAAAUAUAUACAUACCCUUGUAUAAACCACGUAUUCCUUCUUUUGCUAUAGUUUUUUUAGCACAAUCUAAUGUACCUAUAUACAGAGGCUUUUCAUUCGGUCCAGUAAGUGCCAUAGUUUGAAGACGCACCUUAAAAAUGAUAAAUAGUAUAAGUAUUUAGAUAAUAUAAGUACUUAAAUCACGUAAUUCUGAUAUUCAAGUAAAUAGCUAUGAUAGAGAAAAGGAUUAAAAUUAAAAAAGAAUAUAGAAUAAAAUAGAAGUAAGUAAUUCCUAUUUGAAGAUCAUGUUUAAAAAAUACAAUCAUCAAAAAUAAUAGAAGAAAAUAUAAUUAACGGAUAAAAUAAUUUAUUCAUUUUUUAUGGUUAGGAACAUGAUCUUACUUUGAUAGUAUCAAGAGGAUGGCCAGCAACUACUGUACAUAUUCCACCAAAUCCUCCGCUGAGGAAAUAUUUAAUAGGACUCACGGUUUCAGAUCCCAUGAUUAAAAAUUCGUGUUAAUAAUAUAUCCAAAAUUACUUAAACUUUUCUCGGUGUCUCUUAUAUGCCGUAUCUAAGUCCAAAGGUCAAUGAUAGACAUUAACAAUUUACUUAUUUAAAAGUAAUCGUUGAUAAAUAGACUGAAUUUUAAUUCAUUCAUAUUACCACUAGGUGUACUAGUACAAAGUUUCUCCGUCAGAGAGCACUUUCUGUAAUAUCUGCGUAAGUAUCUAGCGACACUUCAUUCUCUGUCUAUCAUAACCUUCAUUAAUCGUUUGGAUAGCGUGGAGAGAAGUAGUACAAAGAAUGCUUCCUAAAAAAAAGGACAACUCCAAGCUAACAGGAUAAGAGUAACAUGCAUUUUGGAAUACAAAAACGUAAGCAAUUUGUGUUAAAAAAAAGAAUACAUUGUAUCUAUCAGUAUAAUAAGAAAUAAAUAUAAAAUAUAACAAUCAA